CUCCCUCUCUCUCUGUCUCUCUUCUUCCUCUUUUUAUGUAGCCUUGGCUGUCCUAAAACUCGCUCUGUAGACCAGGCUGGCCUUGAAUUCAGAGAUUCACCUGCCUCUGCCUCCCCAAUGCUAGGAUUGAUGGCGUGUGUCACUGCUGCCUGGACCGUUUUCUUUACCUUCACUUUUUGUUUUAGAAUUAUUUUCUUUGGGUGAUGAUGAAUGCUCGGAGCAAAAUACUAAACAUUCAGCACUCAAGAAGAGUCUCAGGCCCUCCUAGCCCAGGACCACUGUGAUGGUGGCCUCAGGAGGGGAGGGGAUGCUGGGCUCAGUGGUUCAGGACUGAGGAUGCUAGGCACAGUUGGAUUUUACUCCAGAGCUGGUCCAGAUUGUGUUGUAAAGGGAUUUAGAGUAGGUUGGAGAGGUGGCUCCGGGGUUAAGAACACUGGCUGCUCUUCCGGUUCUGGUGGGUCCGGUGCCUUCUGACCUGACUGCAUUGCAUGAACGUGGCGCGCAGAUACACAUGCAGGCAAAACCCACUCAUGGGGCUGGAGAGAUGGCUCAGUGGAUAAGAGCACUGGCUGCUCUUCCAGAGGACCUUGGUUCAAUUCCCAGCAUCCACAUGGCAGCUCACAACUGUAACUCCCGUUCCAGGGGACCCAACACUCAUGGUAAAACACCAAUGUACAUAAAAUAAAAAUUUUAAAAACCACACCCCUUUCACAUGAAAAAAAAAUCAUGUCUGGGUGUGAGUAGGGAGGAAGAGUGACUGGGUUGAAAUCUUGGGAGCCUGAGUGAGGUGGUCCAGGGUCAGGAUGGGGCCCAGGUGAGUGCUCUGGGAACAGAGCUUACAAGUGAUCAACCACAGGCAGUGGGAACAACGUGUGUGAGGAUGGAGUUGUCCUUCAGAUACUCAAGGAUUCUUGAGGAAUCUCUCUGGGGGGAGGUGGUAGGGGGAGCAGGACCCUGGUGCUGGGGCCAUCCUGAGGAAGGAAGAAGGAACUGGAUUACAUGGGGGAGCGUCCUUCCGAGCCUUUGGGGUUGACGCAGUCAUCUCUGCAUGGGGUCAGGAACCAGGAUAUCCUGGCUUCUAGUCACCCAGGUGGCUCCCCGUGGAAUUCCUUAGAUGUCACUGCCUGGGAGGUCCUUUUGUAGGGAAGAGCCGCGCCUGAGAGCAGCCGGCACCGUCCAAAGCGAGGUGGGGGAGGGGGCUCUGAGGCUGUGGUGAGAGUCUGAGGGUGCUAGCUGACCCAGGCGUCCCGCCUCCACCUGUAAUUACCACGCUUCCCCACGCGGGGUUUGCCCCCGUUCUGUGGCUUCCAGUAACUAUCGGGGAUGAAAGGUGGCCUUCCCUGUGAUUAUGGAGACGACAGGCGGGUACUGAUGGGUGCAGGGUGUGGAUGGAGGGGGUGUGGAAACUGGGUGGGGCCUCCUGGGGUCUGGGUCACUGAUAGGGAGACCUGGCUGAUGGGACCUGGGCUGGGGGACUGAAGAGAGGUCACCAGCAGGUUCUUUGUAAACGAGUCUGACCAGUUAAACUCUGAUGGGGAUUCCUCACGUCACUGGGCUGGCCCCUCCCCACAGACUGGUCACCUCCUUUACCUCCACUAUAAAGCCUCUUGGGUUCUCAAGCACUUAGACUCAGAGCACCCCACCCUGGGGGCCAGCAGACAGCCAUGAUGCUCAACUGGAAGCUGCUGGGGCUCCUGGUCCUUUGCCUGUGUGCUGGAGGCAUCUCAGGCAAUGGGGACCCCUCUCCCAGACCCACAGAAGCCCAAGAAGAGGAGGACUCCUCGGCAUUGCCCCUGGGCCCCCCAAUCCCUGGGGACCCCUGGCCAGGGGUCCCUCCUCUGUUUGAUGAACCUCCACCCCCAGGCUCCAACCGUCCCUGGAGAGACCUACCUGAUGCGGGCGUCUGGCCCCCAGAGCCCCCCAGCACCAAUCCCCCUCACCCUCCUCUGCCUGAUGACCCCUGGCCAGCAGGAACCCAGCCCCCAGAAAACCCAUGGCCACCUGCCCCUGAGAUGGACCAUGGAUCUCAGGAGGAGCCAGACCUUGACCCACCCCAAGAAGAGUACAGAUAGGAGGAGCCCUAGGGAACUUGGGCGAGCGUCCUCAGAACACACCCAAGCUCACCUCUUUCCUCUGCUGCCCCCUGAGGAUCUCAGUUUUUCCUAAUUGCUUAGCUCACUUCCUAAGGCUCUGGUUGGAUUAUGUUCAGGUGUCUAUGUUCUGCACCCCCCCAACCCCCUUCACCUUGAGGUCCAUGUUCAGCCCCUACCCCCCCCCUCACCUUGAGGUCCAUGUUCAGUCCCUACCCCACCCCUUCACCUUGAGGUCCAUGUUCAGCCCCUACCCCCCCCUUCACCUUGAGGUCCAUGUUCAGCCCCUACCUUCCCUUUCACCUUGAGGUCCAUGUUCAGGUCCUACCCCACCCCUUCACCUUGAGGUCCAUGUUCGGCCCCUCCCCCUCCCCCCCUUCACCUUGAGGUCC